AUGAGCAGAGCAACCACGUUAAAGAAGCAGCUAGUAGCAAGAUGGGCAGUUGAUAGACUCAUUGAAGAAGUAAUAAGUCAAUUUCGUUGGCACAACAACAGGGCCAUUGUCCCAACCAAGCUCAAGGACAUGUCCCAAUUAAUCAUGCCCAAAUCCAAAUGGACUUCUCCACAAGAACUGGCCAUACAAUUCUUGUCCUGCUUCAGUCCUUGGCUAAUUCCUUCGCAUCUGCAAAAUCUUUAUCACACUCGGUUGCAAAAGAUCAACGAGUUGCAAAUUGAAGAGGCUAUAAUUGAUGAGGGAAUGUUACGCAAGAGUACUGAGUCUGUAAAAGCUUGCAUCCAAUCUGAGUUCAAGAAGAUCCAUAGGGUCAUUACUAAAGCCCAAAACCUGAGGCUAAAGGCGGUGGAAAUGGCAGUGAGGGAGCUGCUGAGCCAAACUGAGGCAGUAGAUUGCCUUAGCAGGAAACUUGUUUUACCAAGCAGCUACGCGGCACAAAUUGAGCAAAAGUUCAGAUUCUGGAAGAAUAAUUUCACGCAACUUUCGGUAUGA